UUAGCAUUUAUUAACAGCUCCAAUUCUGAAACCUUAUAAGAGAUAUAUAACCAAAAACUGUGAUAGAGAUCAUGGAGUUCUCAGCACUUGCCCUCUUUUCUAUUUUACCUCUUCUUUUGCUCUUGAAACUAACGUUUUCUUGGUGGGUUUCACCAAUCAUAAACCAUCUUAAGCUUAAAAGAUGUGGAUUUGGAGGGCCACCCCCAAGCUUUCCUCUUGGAAACAUUCAAGAGAUGAAAAAGAAAACUAGCGUUAGUUCUUCAUUGGGGUCCUCUAAUCUCACCCAUGAUAUACACUCCACUGUGUUCCCCUAUUUUUUUCGGUGGCAAAACUCUCACGGAAAGGUGUUUAUCUAUUGGCUUGGUACAGAACCGUUUUUGUACAUUGCAGAUCCAGAAUUCUUGAAAAAAAUGUCCACAGAGGUCUUGGCCAAGAGAUGGGGAAAACCUAGAGUGUUUAGACAUGACAGAGAUCCUAUGUUUGGAAAUGGUUUGGUUAUGGUUGAAGGCAAUGAAUGGGUUCGUCACCGACAUGUUAUAGCACCAGCAUUUUCUCCUCUUAAUUUGAAGGCAAUGGCAAGCAUGAUGACUGAGUCUACAAAUCAGAUGAUAGAUAGGUGGAUUGCACAAAUCAACUCCGGAAACCCCGAAAUCGAUGUGGAAAGAGAGGUUGUAGAAACGGCCGGAGAAAUUAUUGCAAAAACAAGCUUUGGCAUGAAGGGGAAAAAUGCAAAGGAAGUGUCUGAAAAACUACGUGCCCUACAAAUGACACUUUUCAAGACAACAAGAUAUGUGGGUGUUCCAUUUGGCAAGUGUUUCAACGUCAAGAAAACCCUAGAGGCCAAGAAGCUUGGCAAAGAGAUUGACAAGCUCUUGUUAUCCGUCAUAACAUCUCGUAUGAAAUCAAUCAAAAGACAAACUCAAGAAGACUUGUUGGGAUUGUUGUUGCAAGGAAACAAUCAUCAAGGUGAUGGCAAGUUAGGGAAGACAUUCACCACUAGAGACUUGUUGGAUGAGUGCAAGACUUUCUUCUUUGCUGGCCAUGAAACAACGGCAUUGGCUAUCUCAUGGACUUUGUUGCUUCUAGCUAUAAAUGAAGAUUGGCAAAUCCAGUUAAGAGAUGAGAUAAGAGAAGUGGUCGGUGAUAAAGAACUUGAUAUCAACGUGCUUGCGGGGCUUAGAAAGAUGAAGUGGGUGAUGAAUGAAGUUCUAAGACUCUACCCAACGGCACCAAAUGUGCAAAGGCAAGCAAGGGAAGACAUUAAAGUUGAUAACUUAACAGUGCCUAAUGGGACCAACAUGUGGAUCGAUGUUGUGGCGAUGCACCAUGACCCGGCAUUGUGGGGAAAAGAUGUCAACGACUUUAGACCAGAGAGAUUCAUGAAUGACGUCAAUGGUGGAUGUAACCACAAAAUGGGGUACUUGCCUUUUGGUUUUGGAGGGAGAAUGUGUGUUGGUAGGAACUUGAGCUUUAUGGAGUAUAAGAUAGUGUUAACCCUACUCCUGUCUAGAUUUAGUUUCAAAGUUUCACCAGGUUAUAACCAUGCACCCUCUAUCAUGCUCUCCCUUAGGCCCACCUAUGGACUUCAUCUCAUAGUUCAGCCACUUUAGUUGAAAGGAAAAGUAAUUAUGGACACCCAAUGUGCUAUUAUACAUUUAAUGAGAGAAGAUAAAAUAAAUAAAUAAAUAACAUGGGUAUUAUAAAUAUUAUGAUGGGCCAUGAUUAGAGAGAUAAAGAAAAAUUAUGGAUAUUGAUUAGGAAUUUUAAAAAAUAUAAAUGUUUAUAUGUGUAUUAUUACUCUGGUUGUAAAAGUAUUUUGUAUUUUUUAUGUAUUUGGGAAUUCUAUCCUCAAGA